AUUAAUUCACGUGAGGAAGCAUAAGGAAAUGGAUUCCUAUGAUGAACUUUACAAUGUUUUGCACAAGUUCAAUUCGAUAUCUGACUCACACUGGCCUUACUUGAUCAGUUUUUGCGUUGGAUUAAUUGCUGUCAUACGAAUGUACAUGGGUGGUCCAAUGUGCCCAAACGAUGAUCGUAUCACUGACAAAGUCGUGAUUGUCACGGGCGCGUCCAGUGGGAUCGGCAAGGAGAUCGCCCUGGAAUUAGCCCGCAGGGGCGGCCGAAUUAUUUUAGCUGUUAGGGACACGGCGGCUGGAGAAGAAGUAGCGCAGCAAAUUCGAAAAGUUUCGGGAAGAGGUGCGAAAGUCGAGGCGGUCGAUCUCUCCUCGUUGAAGAGCGUGCAAAGUUUUGUCAACCAGUUGGACACGGAGAGAGUAGAUAUAUUAAUAAAUAAUGCUGGAGUUGUCUUCCAUCCGUUUGAGAAGACCACGGAGGGCUUUGAGAUGCACUUCGUAACGAAUUAUCUGGGUCACUUUUUACUUACCCACCUGCUGUUGCCUAAAUUGCGUGCGGCUGAGCAAGGCAGGAUAAUAAAUGUCUCUUCACAAGCGCACACAGUUAGCACUGUACACCUGGAAGACCUGAAUCUGGAGAGGAACUUCACUGCGAGGGAAGCUUUCGGACAAAGCAAGCUGGCGUUGAUCUUGAUGGCUAAGCAUAUGAGCAAACUGCUGAGAGGUACGAAUGUCACGAUCAAUGCUGUUAAUCCUGGCAUUGUGAGAGGCACGAGGCACAUGCGACACUCACCGCUAAACUCGACGUUUCUCAUUAAAUUAAUAAUGCGACCAUGGAUGUGGCUGUUCCUGAAAAAUGCCGUUCAAGGUGCCCAGACUGCCGUUUACGCAGCAGUCACCCAAGAAUUGAACGAGCACUCCGGAAAGUAUUUUAGCGAUUGCCAAAUGCAGCCGCCUUCGAUUAGCGACAUUCAUGAUACAGUAGCCGAAAAGUUAUACGCUAAGUCUCUUACGUUAGUAAAAAUUUAUAUGCGCGAGUCUCAAACUAAUCACGAAGAAUAAUUCUGGAUUAUCUCUUGUACAAGAUCAUCUCACGUUUUACUGUUCACUGCAAAUUAAUCAUAAGUAUUUUCAAACAUUUUUUAGGACAAUAUAUGUAAAAUAUUAAGAAUUAACAACGGUAUAACAAUAUAUUAUAAAAACAAAGUAUAUUGAUAAUUGUACGUCCGUUGUUAUAUACUAUAUAUAGUAAUA